AUGAUCACGUUCUUCGCGUUGUGUCUGGUUGCGAAGGCACAGUUAAGUACAGAUUUUUACCGGGCAACAUGUCCGGAUCUUCUCAAAAUUGUCCGAAGAGAGGUUCUGAGUGCAAUCAAGACUGAAAUGCGAAUGGCUGCUUCUUUGCUUCGGCUACACUUCCAUGACUGCUUUGUCAAUGGUUGCGAUGCCUCACUACUCCUGGAUGCAACUGACAGUGAGAAGGCUGCCGCGCCCAAUUUGAACUCAGCAAGAGGAUUUGAAGUCGUGGACAGAAUCAAGAGCUCUGUGGAGAGUGCAUGUAGUGGAGUUGUAUCAUGUGCUGAUAUACUAGCCAUAGCUGCCAGAGAUUCUGUGGUCCUAAGUGGAGGAACUUCAUGGAAAGUUCUACUGGGAAGAAGAGAUGGAUUGGUGGCAAAUCAAACAGGAGCAAAUAAUGGACUUCCUUCUCCAUUUGAAACUCUGGAUGUGAUCAUUUCCAAGUUUGCCACUGUAGGCCUCGAUGUCAAAGAUGUUGUGUCCUUAUCAGGAGGUCAUACAAUUGGGUUGGCAAAGUGCAGCACUUUCAGCAAUAGGCUUUUCAACUUCUCAGGAACAGGUAGUCCAGACAGCACAUUGGAACAAAGCAUGUUAACUGAUCUACAAAACUUGUGUCCACGCACUGGUGAUGGAAGCAACACCGCGCCGUUUGAUCGAAACUCAGCCGAUCUUUUUGACAACCAUUACUUUCAGAACUUGAUUAAUGGAAAGGGCCUUCUUGGUUCUGAUCAAAUUCUGUUUUCCAGUGAUGCAGCUGUGACAACAAACACCAAAAAUUUGGUCCAAAGCUAUAGCUCUAAUUCCGGGCUUUUCCUCAGUGAUUUUGCAGAUUCUAUGGUCAAGAUGGGGAAUAUAAGUCCUCUUACUGGGUCUGCUGGAGAGAUAAGAAAGAACUGCAGACUGGUUAAUUCGUGA